AAAGAAGAAAGAAAGAAAGAAAGAGGGACUUGCACUCAAUAUUCGUACCUCAAAUAGUUAAAAAAGGGUGAGACAUGAAGGGUCGAUCUUCCAAGCAAGAAACGAAAGAAGGAUUGGAAAUUGAUAAAAUUAGCGAACCCAAAGAAGAGCCUCAUCUCUCUGGUGCUUAUAUCCGUAGCCUUGUUAAACAACUGACCUCUUCCAGAACCAAAGACCCCAUGAACCCCAGGGACCCUGGCUCUGUUGAUGUUGACGGUUUUAAUGGCCAAAAUUCUUCCAAAUUUGGUGAAGGUUUUAGUGAAACACCACAGACCCAGCAACCCCAACCACCCCAGCAACAUAAGAAGCAGGUUCGGAGGAGACUUCACACCAGCAGGCCUUACCAAGAAAGGCUGCUUAACAUGGCAGAGGCCAGGAGAGAAAUUGUCACUGCACUCAAGUUCCACAGAGCUGCCAUGAAGCAAGCCAAUGAGCAGCAGCAACAGCAACAGCAACAGCAACAACAAGAGCUACAACAACAGCAAUCAUCAGAGACCUCUCAUCUUUCACCUCCACCACCUUUUGAACAAGAAUCAAAGACAAAGUCUAGGAGAAAUCCUAGAAUAUACCCAUCAAACACAAACAACUUCUCUACUUAUAAUUUAGACAAUUUUUCCUAUUCAUCUUUCUCUCAACGUUACCCUCCUCUUCCUCCUCCUCCUCUCCCAAAUCCAUAUUCUUGGCCUGCUUCUCCAAUUCCUCUCCCAUCGGCCACAGACACUUUGAACUUCACUCUACCAAACCAACCCUUAGGUCUAAACCUAAACUUUCAUGAUUUCAACAACAUAGAUACCACCCUUUAUCAUAACAGCAACAACCCAUCAAUCUACUCAUCCUCAUCUCCAUCAUCAUCAUCUUCCCCAACUUUAUCCGUUGUAACUGAAGAAGUUGCUUCAGCUGCAAUAUCACAUGAAGUGGGGCCUACAGCUAUGGCUGAUUUAGCUGAAUCCUACGGUGGGGGAGGCCUGCAUCAAGCGAUAAAUGAUGAGGAAAUGGCAGAGAUCAGAUCAUUAGGAGAGCAGCAUCAAAUGGAGUGGAAUGACACAAUGAAUUUGGUAACAUCAGCGUGGUGGUUCAAGUUCUUGACGACUAUGGAACUUGGGCCUGAAGUGAUAGCUGAGGAUGAUGGGUAUCAACCAUUUGAUCAAGUCAUGGAAUUUCCUGCGUGGUUGAAUGGAAAUGACGGCUGCUUGCAGCAGCAUUUCAAUGAUCUUUGCCCUGAUGACUACUUCCAGGAUCCUGCCUUGCCUUGCAUGGACAUUGGAGAAAUUGAAGGAAUGGAUGGAGAGUGGCUGGCUUGAUCAUUUGACAAGGAUUGAUUAUGUUUUUAAUUAAUCAAAUCUUUGGCAUUGGUUCCCUUUUGUUUUCAUUUUCAGUCCCUUUCUCCCC